CUUUUUUUUUAAGAAGGAAAAAGAAAAGGAAAAGAAAGGAGCGGUGAAGACAAACCAGAGCCUGAUGGUUUAUGUGGCUUUAAGCUACAAGCAAAGGACAAGAAGAUUGGUGUCUUAGUGUGAGCCAAUCUGUAGUUCGCAUCUUCAUAAUUCUCGCACUGCCUCACCCUUCUUCUUCUUCUUCUUCAACCUCAACUCUCUACGCUUUUCACUUUCAAUCCCUCCAAUUUCAGGCAUGCUAGGAAAAUCGUUGGUGUCUCCCAUAUCAACCAUUGAUUCUGCUACUCGUUUCUGUUGUUCUACUCGCAGCAUUGCCACAGCCAUAUCAGAUGCUGCACGUUCAAAUGUAAGUUUCUCCUAUCAUCCUGCGAAGCAUAUGAUAAAGGAUGUGAGAAGACAAACUCCCUAUCCCAGUAAGUGGGAAAUCUGUUCGACUACUCAAGUUGAAAGCUUGACAUUAAGUGAUGAGGAUAGGAAGACAUGGGAAGCUUGUCGGCAAGCUCUGUCUGUGUUCAGCUUCAGUGUUGAGGAGCAAGAUAAGAUGCUUGGAAAGGCGUUCAGCCACAUUCAUUCACCCUACUGGGGUGAAGACAGAAAGAAGGAAGUUCCUAAUAUUGAAACUGUAAAUGACAUACUGGAAUAUCUGAGGACACUUGGUCUUUCGAAUGACGAUCUCUCUAAGCUGCUAAAAAAAUUCCCAGAAGUUCUUGGCUGCAAUCUUGAGCAGGAGCUUAAAACCAACGUACAAUUGUUGGACAAAGAGUGGGGAAUUCAAGGCAAAUCAUUAAGGAAUCUUCUUCUGCGUAAUCCCAAGGUAUUGGGUUACAAUGUUGAUUGUAAAGGAGACUGCAUCGCAAAGUGCACCAGAUGCUGGGUUCGAUUUUAGAGCUAUAAUGGGUCUCAAUCUAUGGUUGAAUAUUCUCAAAAGAUAGAUGAGAAUAAACAGCUGUGUUUUUCUGAUUAUUCUUUACAUGAAUCCAAAAGGCCAACAUUUAUAAAGCAAAAAGGACACACCCAUACACAGGUUGGGUCAUUCUCCUACCACAAACACUCCAACAUUAUCAAUUACAAGAGGCUUCUGUUGGAAUAAAGGGUAGGUAGCUCUUCAUUUGGGGUGACAUCUUUCUAAUUUCACGAGUUGUAUCGUUUCAUAAAUAGGUACGUUUUUUUUUUUUUUCAUAGUUAACCAAUUUGAAAAAGAGACAUGGUUAUUCGAAUGGCCACGAAUCAGUAUAUAAAAUAUGUCUUUUCUUCAA